AUGUCGACAGCCACAGCGCCGUCGUCGCACCUGAACGGUGGCAGCGCGUCAUCUGCAGAGGUGCUUCGCGAGGCCGAGUUCCUCCAGAAGAUUCUGCAGAUACGUAAUCAAGUGCUUGCUAGCAAACAUCCGCGUAUUCAUCUCCCAGCCAAAGUAAUUGAACAGGUUGCACCACGUCCUUCGCAAACUGCCUUGAGCAGACCCACGACCAACGGCACACCCAACGGAUCCGCGUCGCACUUGUUUCCACCACGUCCAAUACACUCAGCCCGGCUUCCCACUUCCCCCACUCCCCUUUCACAGCGACCCUAUUCGGCAAAGUCUUCGGCAAAGUCGUCUUCGUCGGGCAUCGACCCAGUCUUGCUCGAAAAGUCAGAACACCUGGUCAAGGCCGAGCUGCAGCUCAAGCGCCAACAGAUAGAACGCGCGUUAAAGGACCAGUUUGACAAAAAGGGUCGCGGCUACGAUGUUGAGGAGCGCGAAGCUCUCAUCGAUGUGGAGCAGUGUUUGAUCAAGGCCCACCAACUGGUUCCGCCUGUAUCUGGCUUACCAUCUACAACUAACAACAGCGAUGGCGCAGAAUCAUUUGACGAGAACUCGUAUUACUCUAGCAAGGCAGACACACCUGCACUGAUGUCGCAAGCGAAGCAGACUGCCCAGCAAGUAAAUGUGCAUGCGACGGAGCCUACAGUAAUCAAUCUCGACGAAGAAGAGGCUUAUGAGCCAGCCGAUGACAUAGACGUUUAUGAGCCACCAGAGCCUGCACCACUGCCCGAGCAAGACGACGAGGAAGAGGCGUACUCCCCACCUCCAGCCGAUGUCGUCCCCGCUGAGCCAUCAAGAGGGCGGGCCCGCAAUCGCCAUGGCGGUAUGAACGGCCCAGUAAGCGUCGUGCACUACAGCCUCAGCCUGACCAAGUAG